GGGUGGGAAGGAGGGAGGUUGUGACUGCACGUGGCUAUCACCUUGAUAUUCUUGCCCAGCUGGCUUGCUGAAGCAGGGAACAGUGCCACCUUUCUUGAAAUAAUGCCAUUUUUGCAGCAUCCAAACAAAAGGCUUGGCCGACUUUGAGUUGGCACUGGGCUUACUAUUCAGUAAAGCGAAAGCAAAGUGUGGAGGUUCUAGUGUUGUCAGAUUGAAUCUGGGCAGGCUCCAAAAGUAGGACUUCCAGGGGCAUCAUCGUAACAUGCAAGUCUGGGCUGUCUCAAGGACACAUAAGUAACUCCUCAUUUCUCCCUUUGGAGUCCUUUCUGCUGUGCAGAUAACAUGCACGGCCGGCUGAAAGUUAAGACAACAGAGGAGCAGGCCGAAGCCAAACGCCUCGAGCGGGAAAAGAAGCUGCGCCGAUAUGUGACCGCCACAAAAGCCAUCUUUGAGAAGAGGAAAACGGAGCAGUUGGACAAGGAGGCCUUGGAGCUGACCAGCCAGAUCUUGGGCGCUAACCCGGACUUCGCCACCCUCUGGAACUUCCGGCGGGAAAUCUUCCUUCACCUGGAGGAAGAGACCCCGGAGGAGGUGCAAGCCCUGUGCAAGGCAGAACUGGCCUUCCUGGAGUCCUGCCUGCGAGUCAACCCCAAAUCCUACGGAACGUGGCGCCAUCGCUGCUGGGUGAUGGAGCACAUCCCAGAGCCAGAUUGGGCCCGUGAGCUGGAGCUGUGCGGCAAGUUCCUAGAGAGCGAUGAGCGCAACUUUCACUGCUGGGAUUACCGGCGCUUCGUUGUCCAGCGAUCACAGGUUCCUCCCCAGGAUGAGCUGGCUUUCAGUGACAGCCUUAUCACCCAGAACUUCUCCAACUACUCCUCCUGGCAUUAUCGCAGCCACCUCCUUCCGCAGCUUUACCCCGAUUCCCAACAGCAAGGCCGGAUCACAGAGGAAAUCCUACUGAAAGAGCUGGAGCUGGUGCAGAAUGCCUUCUUCACUGACCCAAAUGACCAGAGCGCCUGGUUCUAUCACCGCUGGCUCCUGGGCAGAGCUGAUCCAGCCCCAACGAUUCGCUGUGUCUAUGUCAGCAGAGAGGACACCUCCUUAGCAGUUGCCUUCUCCCAUCCUGUGGCGGUGGCACCAGCAUCUCAUGACCUGAUUGUGUUUGGAGACGAAUCCCCCCUGGUGGUCCGUUGGCGCACUCCUGAUGGAAGAAACAGGCCUGGAUUUAUGUGGCUGUGUGACUUGCCGACUUCGGCCCUGAACGACCACUGGCCCCAGCACACUUUCCGGGUCCUGUGGGCUGAGGGCCAGUCCCAGAAGGAAUGCGUCCUUUUCAAGGGACACAGGGAUUGUUGGAGCCAAGAUUCGGUCACGGAGGAGCAAGUCUUCAGGUGUGAACUGUCCAUUGAGAAGUCAACUGUGCUCCAGUCCGAACUUGAAUCCUGCAAGGAACUGCAGGCCCUGGAACCGGAGAAUAAGUGGUGCCUUCUGACCAUCAUCCUCCUCAUGAGGGCCUUAGACCCCUUGGUUUAUGAGCACGAGACCCUCAGCUACUUUACAACUCUGAAGGCGGCUGACCCCAUGCGCUCGGCCUACCUGGACGACCUCCGCAGCAAGUUCCUGAUCGAGAACAGCAUCCUCAAGAUGGAAUAUGCUGAGGCCCGGGUUGUGGAUUUGUCACAGAGGGGCCUCACCAUCCUCUGUCACCUGGAGCACUUGCUGCUGGUCACGCACAUGAACCUCUCUGACAACCUCCUCCGCGACUUGCCUCCCACUCUGGCCAUGAUGCGCUGCCUGGAGGUGCUGGAAGCUGAUGACAACCGGAUUGAGACCCUCGAAGGACUUCCCUCCCUGCCUCACCUGGAGGAACUCUCUCUCUGCAACAACCGCAUCCAGCGGCCUUCUGCGCUCCGGACUCUGACCUCGUUCCCAAAGCUCACCCAUCUCAACCUGCAAGGCAACCCUCUCUGCCAAAUCCCCGGCGUCCAAUCAGAGCUCGCUGCACUGCUGCCAAACGUGGCAACCAUUCUGACCUGAUGGGCUUGCAGGGGACCCCACCCCGCCCCCUCUUCAAGCCCACCCCUCCCCUAACACACUGACCCCUUUAAUUUAUUGGCAUGAGGAAAGAAUCAAAUAAAAAAAGGUAGUUGGCACUGUGA